AUGCCUUUGAAAUCUCCAUUCCAGAUCGGCAUCCCGUCAACCGACAUCUUAAGCUACAUCUUCCCCCAAGGCAGCGAGCCGUCAGGUCAACCACUGUGGAUCGACGCGGACGACACAUCGAACUCACUCUCACCCAGACAGCUUCUGCACUGGGUGAAGCGCUUCGCCAUCGGCCUCGAUAAGCUUGGAAUCCGCCAAAAUGAAGCGGUCAUGAUGUACACGCGCAACCACAUCUUCAUCCCCGUCUUCUAUUUCGCUGUCGCCGGGACUGGACGCAUCUUUACUGGUUGCAAUCCGGCGUACGGAGUCGACGAAACAACGUAUCAACUGCAGAAUACGGGCGCGAACUUGCUGCUGGUCGAGCCAAUGUUUCUCGAUACUGUACUACAAGCGGCAAAGAAAGCAGGUCUUGCUCGAGACCGGAUAUAUCUGUUCAGUGACAAGCCAUGCCAGACAACGCAGGGAAUCAAAGACUGGCGCACGCUAUUCGGCUCGGAUGAUGAAGCAGAGAGCUGGCAAUGGCAUGGCAUGAGCCAGCAAGAAAGCCAACGAACUGUAGCCGCGCUCAAUUACUCCUCCGGAACGACAGGUCUACCCAAAGGCGUGAUGAUCUCACAUCAGAACAUCGUCGCCAACGUCGAGCAAUCGUUAUACAUGCGGAACCUCGAGCAGCCCUUCCGUCCAGAAGAUGCACCUGAUGAGCGCUGGUUGGGCUUCCUCCCUCUGUACCAUGCAUACGGACAGCUCUGGUCCAUCGUGGCCGCUGCAAAGACCCUAACGCCCUGCUACUACAUGCGCGAGUUCCAAUACGACAAGUGGCUGGGAGCAAUGCAGCAGCACCGCAUCACGCAUAUUCAAACCGCUCCCCCCGUCCUGGUCAUGCUCGCGAAGAGGCCAGAAACGGAAAAGUACGACUUGAGCUCCCUGGUCAACAUUACUUGCGGCGCCGCACCGCUUUCGAAGGAGCUCCAGAACGAGGUCUCUGAUAAGUUGAAGCUCAAGAUUGUUCAGACGUGGGGGAUGACGGAGUUGACUUGUUCUGCUUUGCACGUCCCAGGUGGUCUGGAUGAGCGCUCUGGAUCCGUUGGGUACAUCGAUCCGAAUUGUGAGAUCAAGCUAAUCGAUGACAACGGCAACGAAGUCGGCAAUGGUGAGCGCGGAGAGAUCCAUGUCCGUGGUCCAAACGUGUGUCUCGGAUACUGGAGAAACGAAGAAGCUACGAAGAACGCAUUCGAUCACGACGGUUUCUUGAAGACCGGCGACAUCGCUACGAGGGACGACCGGGGCUGGCACUGGAUCGUGGAUCGCAAGAAGGAGCUGAUCAAGGUCAAAGGCUAUCAAGUACCGCCAGCGGAAUUGGAGGCGGCUCUCUUGGAGAAUGAACACGUCGCCGAUGCUGCUGUCUGUGGCUUGCAAGGCGAAUAUGAGGAGCUACCGAGAGCUUAUGUUGUGCUGAAAGACGCUUCGAAAGGUCGCGUCAGUCCAGAGGACAUUCAAAAUUGGAUGGCUCGGCGCGUUGCAAGGCAUAAACGACUGGAUGGAGGCGUCAAGUUCAUCGACGAAGUACCAAAGUCCACCAGCGGCAAGAUCCAGCGAGUCAUCAUGCGGCAGUGGGCGAAGCAAGACGCAAAAGAUCUCAAAAUUGAGAGGUCACGAUCGAAGUUGUAG